CUAACGCCCCAAGAGCUUUUCGUCAAAAUCAAACAAUUGAUCUAAAAUCAGAAAAUUUCGGAGCUUCCACUUUGCGAAAAAAAAAAAUUCGCCGUAAAAAAUUUCUCAUCAUCACGACUUUUGCGAUAACCCCACCUGACUGAUGUCACGUAAACGAUAAAAAAUCACGUCUUCGUCAGUUUUUCUUCUCUUGCCAGCGGGGAGAGUUCAUCCUAGUCACCAUGAACAGCUGUCAAGCGACUCUUUUUGUUUAUUCAGUGAAUUGUUAACGUCACGACUCAUUUUUAAUCGCCACUUGCUGUUGUCACUUCCGAUGAACAAAUAUGAUUUCCACGAGAUACGCCUCUUUUAUAUCCGGAAUGGUGAUAGCCUCGUUGACAUGGGCAUUCAGUUUGUAUCUGUACUCGAAACUCUCGCAGAAUCCUAACAUUAAUCCAACAAUGCUGAUAUCGGAGUACGCGAAGACUAAUGAAGAGUCACUGCUCAAUCGGAUGAUAUUGGUGAACAAUGGGCGCGAUGGAGGGAAGAAAAACAGUGAUAAACUCAUUAAACAGUUGCAACCGGUUCCGGUAAGACCCGCUGUCACACUGGGCAAUGGUCUGGACGAGCUGGGUCUCGUGCACACCCUAGAAGAGGCCCGCAAGCGUGACGAGGGCUACCAAAAAUACGCCUUCAACGUCCUCGUCUCGGACGCCCUGGGUCCCCACCGCGAGUCCCCAAUCCCGGACACCCGCAACAAGCUCUGUUCCUCCCAAACCUACCCUCCCACCCUCCCCACCGCCAGCAUCGUCAUCUGCUUCUACAACGAGCACUUCAUGACCCUCCUCCGCUCCCUGCACUCGAUAAUCUCCAGGACCCCAGCCUCCCUCCUCCACGAGAUAAUUCUCGUCAACGACUUCAGCGAUAGCGAUCAGCUCCACGAGGACGUCCAGAACUACGUGGAGAACACCCUGAAGCAGGUGAAGUACUUCAAGACCGAGGGACGAGAGGGCCUCAUCCGCGCCAGGAUAUUCGGCGCCAGUAGAGCCUCCGGGGACGUCUUAAUCUUCCUCGACUCUCAUAUUGAAGUCAACGAGAUGUGGAUCGAGCCCCUGCUCUCCAGGAUUUCCGUGUCCAGGACGAUUGUCCCAAUGCCAGUGAUCGAUAUAAUAAAUUCUGAUACUUUCCAGUACUCAGCGAGCCCUCUAGUCAGGGGUGGAUUCAACUGGGGGCUCCACUUCAAGUGGGAGAACCUCCCAGUGAACACUCUGGUCACCCAAGAGGACUUCGUCAAGCCCAUCAAGUCUCCGACCAUGGCUGGGGGCCUCUUCGCCAUCGACAGAAAAUAUUUCCACGAAAUGGGGGAGUACGAUCCUGGGAUGGACGUGUGGGGGGGCGAGAAUCUGGAGAUAUCCUUCAGGAUCUGGAUGUGCGGGGGCAGCAUCGAGUUGAUCCCCUGCUCCAGGGUGGGACAUGUCUUCAGGAGGCGGCGGCCCUAUGGGAAUGAUCGGGUGCAGGAUACCGUGCUGAAGAAUUCGUUGAGGGUUGCACAUGUGUGGAUGGACAAGUACAAGCAGUAUUAUCUGAGGGGCGUUGAGAAGGUUGACUACGGGGACGUCUCCGAGAGGGUUAGGCUCAGGGAGAGACUCAAGUGCAAGGACUUUGCUUGGUAUCUGGAGACGGUCUAUCCGGAAUUGGCAUUACCUGAUGAUGACGAGGCGAAUCUGAAGAAGAAGUGGGCCAAGGUUCAUCAAGAGCCAGUGCAGCCCUGGCACUCCAGGAAGCGAAACUAUACCGAUCAAUUCAUGAUCCGUUUGUCGAACUCUGCGCUCUGCGUGCAGAGUGAAAAGGAUAUUAAGACCAAGGGAUCCAGGUUGAUUCUGGCUCCCUGCCUGAGGAUUAAAUCGCAGAUGUGGUACGAAACCGAUAAGAACGAGCUGGUCCUGGGGCAGAUGCUGUGCCUGGACGGGGGUGGGAAGAAACCGAAGCUGGGGAAGUGCCACGAGAUGGGAGGGGACCAGGAGUGGAAGCACAAGGGCAUCAGUGGCACGCCGAUUUAUAAUCUAGCUGCUGGGACAUGUCUCGCUGUGGAGAAAGGGGAGAAGUCGUAUGUUGUUAUGGACCUGUGCACCAAGAACGAUAUGACGACCAUCAGCUGGGACCUCGUGAGGUCCAAGAUUCCUGCCAAGGAGAUGAGAUGACCGAAGCUGAGGAGGGGGAGGGGCAGGGAGAAGCACAUGGAGAAUUGGAUUUGAUUACGUUAACGAGAUUCAUAAUUAUUUAAUGAGAUGAGGUGGAAGAAACAUUUCAGUGAUGAAGAGGUCAAAAGAGAUGAGCCCACACGUCCGAAAAUAUUUUAUAGAGAAAAUCUAUAGACUUUUUUCUCUCUAUACAACUUAUUGUGCUGAUGAGAAUGUUUUUAUUGGAAUUCCUCUUUUAAUGACACGAGGAGAAAUGAUGCAGUAAAAAAUGAAAUUCAUGACAAGGAAUUUCCAGAGAUAAAAUCUCAAUGGAAUAAGUUGUAGAGAAAGAUGAGAAUCUAUUAGUUUUUUCUAUUGAAAAUUUCUAUUAGAUAAACGAAGGAAAGUGGAUUUGAAUACAUUAAUGAGAUUCAGAAAAAGAUCGAUGGAAUUUAAUGUUUCUAUGUAGCUUAUUCUGCUCAGAAUUUCUCUAUAAGAUUUCCUAGGAUCGAAUUUCUCAAAUUUGUUUCGUUAAUUUUUUUUUAUGUCAAGAGGGAAAAAUGCGAAAAAAAGAAAUUCAUGCCAAGUAAUUUUUAUAGAAA